UUACAUCUAUGACUGUAGUUAUCUGAGGGGCCCCACUCGGGUACAGCGUGUGCUCCGAGAAAUCCAUAACAUCCCCCUUCAGAAAAGCCUAUGUUGCUUUUGGACAGGACCUAAUUACCGGCACCGCUGCGUCUUGGCUCACCUCCUCUAAUGUGUGUGUUUCAUAAGCUGAAGUCUUCGCAGAGGGACAAGGUACGGCAGUUCAUGUCCUUCACACAGGCUGGGGAAAAGACAGCUGUGUACUGCCUCACGCAGAAUGACUGGAAACUAGAAGUUGCGACCGACAACUACUUUCAGAAUCCAGAUCUCUACUGUAAGGAAUCCAUGAAAACGUCAGUCGACCGGAAACGGCUGGAGCAGCUCUACAAUCGCUACAAAGAUCCUCAGGAUGAGAAUAAAAUCGGUAUCGAUGGGAUCCAGCAGUUUUGUGACGACCUCUCGCUGGACCCGGCCAGCAUCACGGUGCUGGUCGUAGCGUGGAAGUUCCGGGCUGCCACUCAGUGCGAGUUUACCAAGAAGGAGUUUCUUGAGGGAAUGACUGAGCUCGGGUGUGACAGUCCAGAAAAACUGAAGGCUCUGUUGCCACGAUUAGAGCAGGAACUCAAAGAUAGUGGGAAGUUCAAGGACUUCUACCAGUUCACCUUUAACUUUGCCAAAAAUCCUGGACAGAAGGGUCUCGAUCUGGAGAUGGCCGUAGCCUACUGGAACCUGGUUCUGUCAGGACGAUUUAAGUUCCUCGAUCUCUGGAAUAGAUUUCUUUUGGAACACCAUAAACGAUCCAUCCCAAAGGACACAUGGAACCUAUUGUUGGACUUUGGUAACAUGAUCGCAGACGACAUGUCAAACUAUGAUGAGGAAGGAGCGUGGCCAGUCCUUAUAGAUGAUUUUGUGGAAUUUGCUCGACCGAUUGUAACAGGAUCGAAACGUAAAACUCUCUAAAUCCAAACCGGCCUCUGGAAAUCCAGAACGUUGUUUCUUUUACAGUGACUUCAUAGUUUUUUUAAGACUUGUACAAAAAAAAGUGAAAAUUGUAGAGCAAACAGAAGCACUUGAAACUGUCAGGACACCACCUGAGCUGAGUAAAAACUAUUAGAGCAUCUGGCUACAGGUUUUUGUCCUCAUGCGACUGAGGCACCACGUGGACUCGGGCCAGAUUCACCUCUGUCCCUGCUGCUGGACUCUCAGUGUCCUGGACGCCUCCUCUGCUCUGCUCCAGGUGGAGCUCUACCUGUCAGGCCCUGUGAGCAGGGAUGGACACGGCACUGCGAGGAGGUUCACUGGCUGCGUGUACUCUGAAGGGGCCGGAGAGGAGGAAGCUGUGUGUUAUAGGAUUCUUCCUAGUCGGCUUUGUUUUGUUUAUGACGCUCUGAGUGACUGUGCAAAGAUCCCAUGUCUUACUCUCACUUUGGGACAGAGUGCUCUCUACACCAGCACCAACACAACUGUUGCAGUUUUUACUGUACAUACUGUAUCUAUUGGGACAGUUUACAAAGACAGCUAUAUGAAGAAUAAUAUAAAUAUGUUCAAUUUAUAAAUGCAAAAGAGGAUUCUUUUAUGUACAGUAAAUGCUACGAUCUCUAUCGGGAUGCCUCAAUAUUGUGGAUGAUAUGCUGUUGGUUUAAUUAUUAGGUGGACGUGUCGAGUCAUGGAGUUGUGAGCUUCUUAUUGAAAGCAUGUUUAACACAUUUUGCAUCACCUCAGGCUGGUUUCACAUUUUCACUACAGUAAAGGCAGUACUGAACUCCGAUGUGUGAUAUUGGUUCAUGGAAUUCAUACGUCCAGUCAGUCUUGGUUUGAGAGAGGGUCUUAAAUCUUAAAGUCAACACACGUUCAGUCCUGUCAAUAACACCACCGUUUUGCUUUCUUUCCCACUGUGAAGGAGGGUUUAACUUUCAAUAGGUCAUCCUUCUGAGGGAUGAGUAAUGACAAAGUGAUGCUUCAACAACAUUUGAGUUAAGAAACAACAGACCCUUAGGAUUGCAUGGCACAUAUCUGUACGUCACAGCGGUGCAGCGCCCUUAGCUCAGAAACCAGGACACUAAAGACAGCGACAACAGGACGACAAAGUAAGCCUUAAGAAUAAAUAUCUCUGUUCAAUAUUUAUGUUUCUGUUCAAGCCCAUCUGUCCAGUGUUACUGACGGUAGUGAACAUUUGAAUAUAUUGUUGAUACAUCAUGUAAGUAGCCUAAGUAUAUUGUUCAUUUCAGAAAGAUGAAUAAAGCAUGAGUUUUUUCAUAA